CUUUGUUAUGUUAUUUAAAAAAAUUGAAGAUUUAAAAUCAGUCGCAAUAUGGGCUACUCACGUGAAAUUGAGUUAAUAGUUAGUUCUUGGUUUAGGGAAAGUUCUUGCUAUAAUCGUCUUGGUGAACAGGAUAAAACUUUUAUAUGGACGUCUACAGAUGAACACAAUCAGGUCUUUGACUGCCCUCUGUUGGUGUAGAGAUAUAUGAGAUAUAUAUGAUAUAUGUUUAUGCUUUAGUCGGUGAAGGAAAUAACAUAUUAAUUACGGUCCAGCUUGGUUAAUCAAGUUAAAUAAGCGCUUCAGUGCUAUCAUCCGCUGGUCGUUGAUUGUGGGGUCAUGUUUUUCCCUGGACUUACUUUAAUGCAGCAGGGGAAAGUGUUUAGACAGCGGAAGAAAACAGCUUAAAGAGAGAAUCAUUGACUAAAUGCACUUUGUUAACGCCAAUCAUUUACGCGCUUAUUUAGAAAUCACUAACAGUCGCAUGUUUUCUUGUAAAAUUGUUUACAUUAUAGUGAAUAGGUCUAAAAUAUGAUGUAGCAACAUUUAAAGUGUUUUUUUUUUUUACCAUCCUUUUUUAUUAUCACAUAGAAUACAGUAAAUGAAUUUGCAAUGAUCAAAAUGCAUUUACACAUCAUGCCUUCUUGUGUUUGAAACAGUGAAAUCAGAAUCACGCAUUACCUCGCGAGCUCUGAUUCACUUCAGAACUGGCGUCAGUAUUCGAACUGGCCACGAGAGGACGCAGAAUACAGCUUCAGAUCCUCCACACUCUCCACACUCUUUAGUCAUAGUCAUCGAGGUCAACCUUGUAUGCAAGACCAGCAAACAGAUCAUCAUUUUUUGUUCAAAGUGAUGCCAUUAUAUAUUCUGCUGAUGGUCUGCUAAAACUAGUCUUACAACCAGGAGACUCUGAACAUGUUGCAUGAGGGAUGUUUUAGGUCUGUUCAAAUGUAUCCAAUUGUAUAAUAUCUCAGACAUGAUAGUGCGGGUAGCCUAUAUGUCACAGUAGAUACACUAAUAGAUAAGUAGCUAUUGUUACAAUAACACUUUUUAAAAAAGUAAAAGUUAAUAACACCAAAUGUUUUAAACUAGUUGUCUUUAAUGCUCUGAACUUUCAUAAAGAGAUUAUGACACUGUGUUUUUUUCAGUCUUGGGAUAUGAUGGCACAACAAGUCAGGCGUUUAGUGGCCUAAUUUAUUAACUUAAGCCUAUUCCUUACUAUAACUGUGGAAACGUAGGUCAAAGUCGUUAUGGAAUAGAACAGAACAUUAUAUGAACACCUCUGAACGGUCCACAUCUGUUCUGUGAGCAUGAGACGCACAUUCUUCACACAUGACUAAACGCAUGUGCUCUGCCCCACUGCAGUGUGUGGACCCCAAGGGGCCUCCCACUUUAACACGGUAACAAUAUCUGUGAUCGUUACUCGCUGUCUACUUUUACACACCUUUCCAUGUUCCAAAUGUCUAAACGGAAUGGCAAGAACUCUGAAGAAGGCCUCGGCCUAUAUACGAAGCAUGUUAACCAAGCAAAAAAUAAAGAUUACAUGCUUUGUUACUGUCUCAUCGCAUUUUGCAGGUCACAACAGGUCCCAUAUAGGCUUAUUCAGCCUGAAUUUUUAAUUCUAUUUACUUUAAAUAAAUACCCACUGACAUUCAGAAAGAUUUAUAGUUAUAGCUUAUGUUUAAGAUACCACAAAUUAAGGAUAAGGAUUUUCCUAUUUACAAUUUCUCAAAGAUACAUGAUAUUUUGGGAUAUGGCCUGGUUAUAAUUAUAGUUUGUUAAACUGUAAAUUACAUAAAUAAAUAAAUUGACACUAAACGCAGAGCACAACCUAUAAGGAGCUAUUCAGUGAAUUAAGCAGGGGUCGUUUACAUUUUGCUUAACUAUGAAAAAAUACAUUCAUCAUAUUUUUUACUAAAGCUGUGCCACGUGAGCGGUAGAAUUAAUCACAGAACAUUUAGCUGUCAAUUAAGGCGUUUAUGCAAAUAGAGCUUUUGGUAAGCCAAGCCUCAUCAGGACGUUCAGAGCUGGUUUGAUGAAGCGCUUCUCGCGUGCUUUGUGGCAGGCGCUUUUAGCUGUGCUGUAUGAUGAACGCCCAACUGAUCGCGGUGAAUGCACGCUAAUUAAAACCUAUAAAUUAUAUUUUUAAAGGAGCUCUUAAGGCGCGUCUUGCGAGAGCGAUAGUGGAGCAUUCAGCCAUUUGCCGCCUCACAAUAGCGCGCUCUCCAGAAUGAGCCAGCAAUAGCCCUAAUUAUAAAUUAAUUAAGUGCAAACAGAUAAUUCUCGCGAUAAGUGUUUAAAGCACCCAAAUAUUGAGAACGAGGCUAUAUAGCCUAUGCCAGUCUGGCUUCACUCGUCCUGAAUGAGAUCUAAAUUAAAUACUAACGUAGGCUAUUAUUUACACAGUGACGUAGCCUACGCACUAGUUUUAGUAGGCAACAUAUUAGUAGCCUAUUUAUAAAAUUAAGAACAAGCAUAUAGUUUAAAUUUAAAUUAGAGAUUCAAUUAGUAGCCUAUAUUUAAAUACCCUAUAGGUUACAGCAACAUAGAAGUGGUAAUUAUUGUUUCAUCAGAAUUUAUUUCUUUUUUUAAUUUAGGCUAAAUUAAGGCAUUUGGAGAAAAUUAUAUGCAGAAAACGCAUUUGGCUUUAAAUAUGAAGUAGGCCAGUUCUAUAUUUUCGCAAAUUGUUUUGUGAUAGGUUUUCCAUUUCUAUUUAUUGUCUUAUUAAUGUUUUUAACUAUUUCUUCUCAUAGUCUGUACACAGCUGAAUUUAUUCGAAUAUUUCUGUUUCAUUUUAAGCGUGGAGGCAGAUUUCAGCUACCAGAGCAAGAGCACUCUGUGUCGUUGGAUAUCUGUGCGCACAGGCGCGGAACGGAAUUGGACGCUGACACACGUGGCAAAGAGCUCCUUUGUCAUGGAUAGGCUCCCCUCUCAUCUAUGUGAUCUGAUGUGUUUCCGGUUAGUGGCCACUAAGAGUGGUUGUGCACGAGCAGAGUCCCAGAAUAAGAGGUGUCAAACUGAGGUCUGGCAAUGCGGAGGGUGUAGGGGAAGCCGCGCACCGUGCGCUGUCAGUCCUAUCCAAAGUGACAGCACGAAAGCGUUAUCUCUCCACUAAAUGUCAACAAGUUGACUUAAAAUGCACUCACUUUCGCGGGAAAUUAGCGCGUUGUCAUGGAUCCCUAGAUAACAUUGUCCAGUGUUUCGUUAGUCUAUAUUUGGAACGGAACAGGUUACAAUCCAACCACUGGAGCGAAUAUCAAAGAGGGGAGCUGUUAUGGAAGAGCAGCGGGGUCAGAGCGAAGAUGACAGCCUGCCCUCUCCACCUCUGCUCCCGCUGCAGGCUGCGCACCACGCGCACACAACCACCAACUUUUUCAUCGACAACAUCCUCAGACCGGACUUCGGCUGCAGACGGGAGCAUUGUCCAACUGUCCCUGGCACUCUUUGUCCGGAUUCCAGCUGCAGUGCCGACAGUGUUUCAUCUUCUGCCUCGUCCACCGUCUCGUCUCCAGCCAGCAGAAGGCAUUCCAAGACCGACAGAGGGGAAGCAGCGAAAUCUGGGCUCGUCUCGGCGUCACCCGUUGCUCUGAAUAGCUCAGGUGAAACCUCCUCGCCCAGUAAGGACACUCACCAGCUUCUGUGGCCCGCCUGGGUUUACUGCACGAGAUACUCUGAUCGACCUUCAUCUGUCUCCACACAAGGCCCAAGGACCCGGAAAUUGAAAAAGAAGAAAAACGAGAGCGAGGAUAAACGACCCAGAACGGCGUUCACAGCUGAGCAGCUCCAGAGACUGAAGGCAGAGUUCCAGGCGAGCCGCUACAUCACGGAGCAGCGGAGGCAGGCCCUGGCGCGCGACCUCAAGCUCAACGAGUCGCAGAUUAAAAUCUGGUUCCAGAACAAACGAGCUAAGAUCAAGAAAGCCACCGGAUUCAAGAACGGCCUGGCAAUGCAGCUAAUGGCGCACGGACUGUACAACCAUUCCACCACCACCGUUCAAGAAGAAGACGAAAACUAGCAAAGACAGAAACAGAGAGAGAGGACAGGGGAGAACCGGGGAGUGAGAUAAGUGUGGAAGACAAAAACUCACAUUACUUGACCAGACGUUAUAAAAGGAUAUUAUAGCUACUUUAUCAGCCUGUUUGGACAAUCGGCUGUUUUUUUACAAUACACAUAUGAGGAACCAGGCCUCAUUAAGAUUUGAGGAUGCUAUUAAAAUCUAAUGGAUCGCGCUGGUUUGUUGUUUUAAAUCUAUUACCAGUCAAAGUAGACACUUUACAUUUUAUCUAAAUGCCGUUUUUUCUUCUUCUUCUUCUUCUUCUUCUUCUUCUUUUUUUUUGUUUUUUUUUGUGUGCUGUUAAAAGCCAUAUUUCUUCGUGCCAAAGAUGUUAUUCGAUUAAAGUAGAUAACAUUUUCUUUGAUGAUGGGAUUUAGGAUAUAGAUGGGAGACUUUUAUAUUUAAUACUGUAUUCAAAUAAACCUCUUUUGUACAUGCAAAA